AUGUUUGCAGUUCCAGGAUGGUCAGUCUCAUCGAGUCUGCUGAAAACACAGACCACAGCGCCUGUUGCUACAAUAUCAAAAGCUGAGGAGGAAGGAGUGUCUGUUGAGACGAAAUCCAGCAAGAAACGUAAACGCGCAAAGAAUCCCGAUGUGAACGCAGCGAACUUGUCGGAAUUAUGGGAAUCGGUCAUUGAAGGCAAGCCAAAGGCAAAGAAAGUAAAGAACGUUGAGAAGGAUGGUGAAAAGAAGGAGAAGAAAGAGAAGAUAGCCAAGGUAACCGGCGCAGACGAAAUUGAGAAUGGAUCAACAGAACCUGCGAACGAAGCGAUAGAAGCUUCAGAAUCCAAGAUUGAUAAGAAACAAAAGAAGAAGGAUAAGGACUCGAAGCCAUCCGACAAUAAUCAACCCACGAAAGUCGAUACUCCCAAUGCUGCCUCGAUCAAACCUCCCCAACCCCCCAAGCCUGUUGCAAAAUUAACACCGCUCCAAACUUCCAUGCGACAAAAGCUCAUCUCCGCUCGCUUCCGUCACCUUAAUCAAUCUCUUUAUACUACACCGUCCACCGAAUCUCUUGCCACCUUCCAACAAAACCCCGAAAUGUUCACCGAAUACCACGAAGGUUUCCGCCGUCAAGUAGAAGUCUGGCCUGAAAAUCCCGUCGACGGUUACGCUCUCCAAAUCUGCCAGCGCGGGAAACUUAGACGAGACAUGCGAGGCCAGCCGGCUCAGGAGAAAACCGAUCUCACGCCAUUACCAAGAACAGACGGCACAUGUCGCAUUGCUGAUCUCGGGUGCGGCGACGCAACUCUCUCUACUGGUCUUCAAAAAGACCUCAAGAAACUCAACCUCAAAGUUCACAGUUUUGAUCUCCAAAGUCCGAGUGCCCUCGUCACCCGUGCCGAUAUUGCGAAUCUCCCCCUCGCAGAUGAAAGUAUCGAUAUUGCGAUUUUCUGUCUCGCGCUCAUGGGCACCAACUGGAUAGACUUCAUCGAAGAAGCCUUCCGCAUUCUCCGCUGGAAAGGCGAACUCUGGAUCGCCGAGAUCAAGUCCCGAUUCGGCCGCGUCGGAGGAAACAAUAAGAAAGUCGUUGAGCACAGCGUAGGCCACCGCAAAAAGAACCAACCCAUCAAUAAAAAGGCCGUGAAAGCCGCCGACGACGAAGCAAAUGCGGCAGAUCUCAUAGUCCACGUCGAUGGCCAAGAAGACUCCAAGCAAGAAACCGACGUAUCUGCUUUCGUGGAGGUCCUCAGCAAACGAGGAUUUGUCCUGCAGACUGAAAAAUCGGUAGAUCUAAGUAACAAGAUGUUUGUCAAGAUGCAUUUUGUCAAGGGUUCAACGCCCAUCAAGGGAAAAUGUGUACCGGUUCCCAAGGGUAUGCCAGAGAAAGAAUCAUGGAAGAAGAAGCCCAAGACCAAGUUUUUGGAGGAGCCCGAGGAGGUGCAUGUUGUGAGCGAGGCGGCGGUUUUGAAACCUUGUGUCUAUAAAUUAAGAUGA